AUGUUAAAGAACCACAGAUGUACGUUAGGUCUCGACACCAACAGCGUCGUCCUCAAGAAGCGCGGUCACUGGUACAACCUAACGAAAUGCCUCCGCAAAGUCAGCCAAGUGUCCCUGCGGCACCCCAACACGUUCGACCACUAUCGCAGCUACUCCACGGUUAUCGCCGAACAGCAGCGACAGAUAUUUGAGGGUGGGAACUAUGUGAUACACCCGUUGAGUCAGAUUAGCCUCAUCAUCGACCACCCUCACCCCCCUCAACUGCACCGCGUGGACAUUUUGUUGUUGUUUCUUCACGCAACAUCUCUAUCGGAUAUCAUUUUUAAAUUUAACACUAGCUUCCCUGAAGAUUACCCAACAUUAACUCGAUCGUAUAUCUGGCACCGUUCAUGCCACUACCUCGUUUUAUUUGCCGUAACGAUGCAUUGGGCGACGUGUUUUAUCUAUACCCCGGUUGUUUUAACGUACUACUGGUCCGGCUAUGUUCCAAGAGGAUAUAAUACAUUUCUUACUUCCGGAGAUAUUACAAAUUGUUGUGCGAGCGACAAAUAUUUUAAAGCCCUAUUUGUAUGUCUGUCCACGUUUUUUGGUACUGGAUUUUCAACAUACAAAGUUUAUAAUCCCGAUGAAUUUAUAAUACAUUCAACCAUUAUUUUAUACACUUCAAUGUUUAUGGUUUAUACAAUAGUGUUCCUAUUGAAAAUUUAUAUGACUAAAUAUAAUUCAACUAUGCGAUAUCACGGCCUUAUCAACCAAGUGGAGGCGUAUAUGCAACAAAAACAAUUUCCAACAUUAUUGAAAAAGCGUGUGUUCACUUUUUACACGUACAAAUAUGAAGGGAAAUAUUAUAAGGAAGACGCUGCAUUAGAUUGUCUCUCAGAUCAACUUCGUCAUGAGAUUAUAAUGCACACAUGCAACAAAUUCAUCCACGAAGUGAAGCUGCUUAAGGACCUGCCGGCAAACCAGAUGGGCGAGCUGAUGAGCUACCUCAAGCCGGAGACGUAUCUCGCCAACGAUUUGAUACUGAGAGCCGGUGACAUCGGCGACUGCAUGUACUUCAUCGCGUACGGGACUGUUGCGAUUUACUCUUUGAAGGGAGCUGAGAUAGCACAUUUAGAAGAUGGUGAUUAUUUUGGAACUGUAGCGCUGCUGAUGAAGGACUCAAAACGCAUAACUACAGUAAUAGCUGUGGAGAUAACACACCUGUACCGCCUGGACGCUCCAUACUUUAGGCACUACCUAAUGUCCAAUAAAACAAUAAGAGAGAGGAUUGAAACACUCUCAUCCAAAAGAAUGCAUGAGAGUGUGGUGCAAGAUGAGGAGUAUAGACACCAGCAAGAAAAGAAACGAGAAGAAAAUAUCUUAACACAUCGCGACUAUCCAAAUAGUCAAUAA